GGAGAGACCGUCGCCCCCGCUGCCGGAGUUCGACGGCGGCCCCCUUUCGGCCCCGCACAUGGACUGUUGAUGAAGAAAGAUGGCAGCGAGACCGGCUGGCGACGCCCCUUCCUCUCGGCCCCCCUCCCUCCCCCCAGCGGCCACGGCUCGGACCGGUUAAGGUUGGUCUAUCGGCAUCCAUCGCAGCAUCGGCAGCAGCUGGCAGAGCGCUGGAAGGAGCAGUAUGCAGGAAACUGACUUACCGGCCACAAAUGCCUUUAAAGAGUGCAAGUUCCACUGCACCAAUGGGAAUUGUUUGCGUCUGGGCUCGUUGAUCUGCAACCAGCUGAAUAACUGUGGGGACAACAGCGAUGAGGAGAACUGCCCUGUGGUCACCCAGCACCCUCCGCCGGGCAUCUUCAACUCUGAACUGGAGUUUGUUCAGAUCGUCAUCAUCAUCGUGGUGAUGACGGUUAUGGUGGUGGUGAUCAUCUGCCUGCUCAACCACUACAAGCUCUCCACCUGGUCCUUCAUCACAAGGCAGAGCCAGGCCCGCAGGCACGACCAUGCCCUGCAGCAGGAUGGCUGCCUGUGGCCUUCAGACAGUGGCUCUCGACAAGGUGCCUCGGAGGUAUUAUACGCUCCCCAGGCCAGGGAUCGCUUCACUGCUCCCUCCUUCAUGCAGCGCGACCGCUUCAGCCGCUUCCAGCCCACCUACCCCUACCUGCAGCACCAGAUCGACCUGCCGCCCACCAUCUCGCUGUCGGACGGCGAGGAGCCCCCGCCGUACCAGGGGCCCUGCACGCUGCAGCUUCGCGACCCCGAGCAGCAGAUGGAGCUCAACCGCGAGUCAGUGAGGGCGCCGCCCAACAGGACCAUCUACGACAGUGACUUGAUCGACAUGGGGGGAGGCGGUAGCCUGGGAGGGGUGGGGGGAGGAGGGGGAGGCAUGGGAGGAGGCGGUCCGAGACCGCCGAGCAGUAACUCGGGCAUCAGCGCGGCCAACUCCAGCAGCCACGGGCGCAUGGAGGGCCCCCCGCCGGCGUACAGCGAGGUGAUGGGCCACUACCCCGGCUCAGCAUUCUUUCUACACCAGCACAGCAAUAACCAGAGGGUGGGGGGGCCGGGGAGCAGGACGAUCCAGCAGCAGAGCCAAUCAGAAAGCACAAUAGUACCUGCCAAGGCCAAGGACGGCCAACCGGAGGACCUGGUGUGAAGAAAAAGGGCAGGUGGGGGCUGCCCACCCCCUCCCCCCAAAGACUGAGAACUGCCUCUCCUCUUCUUGUCUCUUCUCCUCCUGUCCACUGAUCACCUGUAAUCAGCGGUCUCUCUAUCGCUCUCUCUCUGUCUCUCAUGUCCUCUCUCCACACUCCCAUGCACAAAUAAAUAUCAACCUUAGCUACAACAAAACAAGGAAAGAGAGGAACCAAGCGUCGAUUUCAUUUCCGUUUCCUGUUUCUUUCCGAUGUUAGGAACUCAAACAGCUAGCACUGCUGGGGGCAGGAUGUAUGCACUGCGUGGAGGUUUUUUUUGUUUUUCAUUCAUUUGAGGAAAAAAAACAAAAACGUACUGCUAGCACAGAUUGAAACUUUUUUGUCCAACCUCCCCCUUCUUCCUCCACCUCGGGUGACGACUUUGUCUCCCACCGAACUGAGGAUGAUUAUUUUUUUCUUAUUCUUUUUUUUAAAUGUUUCUUUUUUUUUUAUUUGUUUCUUCUUCUUUUUCGGACCGGGAUCUGUGCACAAAGCGAGAACUGAGAAUCAAGGACUUUAAAAAACAGAGAACACGACAAAAAAAAACAAGAGACUCACAAAAACCCAAAUCUUAGUGCCAAGGUUCACGAGGAAGCAAAACAAAAGGGGGGAGAGGAGAGAAAAAAAAACAAAAAAAACACUUGUUCUAACAUUCAAAACACAAAAAAGAAAAAGUUAUCUAAAAGUUGCACUAUUUUUUUGUUGUAAAAGAGAAGAGGGAAAUGAUGCUAUGAGAUGAUGAAAAUGUUGACGAUGUUGUUUUUUUGUUUUGUUUUGUUUUGUUGUUUUUUUUUCUUUAUUUUUUCGGUGUCCUUUUUCAUGAAUGGACUUGACUGACUUAACUUUGGCUCCGAAGUUGUUUAAACAGUUGGGAGCGAAAAGAGAAAAAAAAGAGAAAAAAAAAAAGUAUUAUAAGCUUAUGUCCUUCCUUUUUUGAAAAACCGCAAGAAAUACUCGUACCCAGCCUACGACAUCUCUGUCUGCUUUUCACCACAGGC